AUGACUGCAGAGAGCCAGGAUCACAGUCUGAAGAUACCAGAUCAUUUCUCACAGGAAGUGAAGAUGGAGCUGCGCGGAGAGGUCCGGCAGGUGACCCUCAGGAGGAGCAAGACCAACGAGGGCUUGGGCUUCAGCAUCCGCGGCGGGUCGGAGCACGGCGUGGGCAUCUACGUGUCCCUGGUGGAGCCGGGCUCCCUAGCCGAGAAGGAAGGGCUGAGGGUGGGAGACCAGAUCCUGACCGUCAACGACAAGCCGCUGGACAAAGUGACCCACGCCGAAGCGGUCAAGGCGCUGAAAGGCUGCAAGAAGUUGAACCUCUCUGUGCAUUCAGUUGGGCGAAUCCCAGGGGGCUAUGUCACCAAUCACAUCUAUUCCUGGGUGGAUCCCCAGGGCCGGAGUGUGUCCCCACCCACAGGCCUGCCACAGCACCAGAGCAACUCUCUGCGGAAGGACAGCGAGAAGAGGAGCCACCUGCAGCUCCUGCAAGAGGGGGAUGAGAAAAAGGUGAACCUGGUGCUGAACGAAGGGAAAUCCCUGGGUCUCAUGAUCCGAGGGGGAGCAGAAUAUUCUCUGGGCAUUUACAUCACUGGCGUGGAUAAAGGCUCCGAAGCAGAAAGCACCGGCUUGAAGGUGGGAGACCAAAUCCUUGAGGUGAAUGGCAGAAGCUUCCUUAACAUUCCCCAUGAUGAGGCAGUGAAGCUCCUGAAGUCAUCACGGCACCUCAUCAUGACUGUGAAAGAUGUUGGGAGGCUGCCUCAUGCCCGUACCACUGUGGAUGAGACCAAGUGGAUAGCCAGCUCCCAAAUCGGAGAGACCUUGGUGAAUUCAACAGGGAUGGCUGGUGAUCACACAGCAGAGGUUUCGGCAAAGCCCAUGUUUUACAGGGGCCUGGCUGGUUCGCAGGUCACCCUGAGCAGCAUGGUGAACCAGACCCGAGUCAUGCUAGAGGAGCAAGCACGGCAUCUACUGAAUGAACAAGAGAGGGCGACCAUGGGCUACUACCUGGACGAGUACAAGGAAAACAACAUCUCUGUGGACUCCCUAGUCAUGGCCCUCUUUGAGUUACUCAAUACACAUGCCAAGUUCUCGCUGCUCUCAGAGGUGAGGGGUGUGAUAUCCCCUCAGGACCUUGAUCGCUUUGAUAACCUGGUUCUGAAGCGGGAGAUCGAAUCCAUGAAGGCCCGGCAGCCCUCUGGCGCUGACUCCUACUCCAUGAUGUCCUACAGUGACACGAUCUCCUCCACCGGUAGCCACUUCACCUCCACCACAGUCAGCUCCGCUCGGGAGCGGCUCUUGUGGCUAAUAGACCUGAUGGAGAAUACAUCAGACCUGGAAGGAAGUGGAGACGGGGUCCAGAGCAGCAUCAAUGCCCUGCCAGACAUUUCCCUGGACGAUGUUUCGUCUUUCCCUGAGGAACCACCCAACUUCAAGCCCCCGCCCCCACCAGUUCCUCAAGCACUGGAUUCUUCUACAGCCCAGCAAAGAAACGCAGCAAAAGAGAAACUCAAGCGGCCUUCCUCUGAUUCUUCUCAGUCAGGCCUCUUCUUUAUGGCCCCCCGAAACCCAACUCCUCCUCCCAGCCACUCCGAAAAGGACACAGCCAGCUUGGCUUCCACUGUGGCCACUUCAUCAACCGAGGAUUCGUCCCUGAGCGCCAUCUAUGCCACCAUUUCUUCUGCCACUGUCAGCUCCAGGAGGCAAAUGGACACCCGUUUGUCCUUGGUCAACCAGCACCCAAUAGGCCCUUUCCCUAGAGUUCAGUCUCCAGCCAGGUUGAAGAGCCCGUCUCCCAAAAGCCACCCUGCCAAUAGCACUUCCCCUCCUCCUCCACCAUCGCACCCAGCCCCUCCUCCUCCAGACAAGGGCAGCCCACAGUCUGCCGCCAACCAGCACUUCAUCAUGGUGGAGGUGCAUCGACCCAACAGCGAGCCAGAUGUGAAUGAAGUGAGAUCCCUGCCCCAAGCCAGAGCCUCCACACUCUCCCAGCUGUCAGACAGUGGACAGACACUCAGUGAGGACAGCGGCGUGGAUAUUGGUGAGGUCGAGGCCAGUGGCAAGGACAGGGGAAGGCAGCAGGUCUCUGUGAAAAGCCGAAGCCCCAAGGAGGCACCAAGGAGCGAUGGGACAGCAGAAGGGACCUCUAAACCGCCUGGCCUCCGUGAGCCCACAUCAUGUCUGAUUCGAGUGGCAAAGAGCGCGCCCACCUUGGGGAUCGCCAUCGAGGGUGGAGCCAACACCCGGCAACCUCUGCCUCGGAUAGUCACCAUACAGCGAGGAGGCUCUGCCCAUAACUGUGGGAAGCUGAAGGUGGGUCACGUGAUCCUGGAGGUAAAUGGCACGACACUGCAUGGGAAGGAGCACCGAGAAGCUGCCCGCAUCAUUGCUGAGGCCUUUAAGACGAAGGAAAAGGACCACAUUGACUUCCUGGUCACAGAGUUCAACAUGGCACUUUAAGGGGGUCCGGCGCCCCCUCCCCCCAAGCUGACCAGGCAGCAGCAUGAGGGAGCCAAGCGGAGAAUUGGGGUCUUGGGGGCACAGACAGGCAUGUUAGUACGUGUGCCCACAUGCAACAGCACAGCACCAGACUCCCCCCCAGAGCCGCACCGCAGCCCCAACCCCCCCAUCCCCACCGCCAGCACACG